AUGCCUCCCCAAAAGAUUUUGAUCUCAGGUGCUGGUAUAGCAGGCAGUGUAACAGCAUACUGGCUAGGCCGCGCCGGCUUCAAUGUCACAGUUCUCGAACGCACCCCUGCACUGCGUACAGCAGGCCAAGGCAUCGACAUGGAAGGACCCGCCGUCUCAAUCAUAAGAAAAAUGGGACUGGAGUCAACCAUCCGAUCAAAGACAACCGGAGAAAAAGGGGUCGCAUUUGUGGAUGAAAACAACAUUCCGUUCGCUACCUUUGAUGUUGGCGAGAAGAGAACUGAUAUAGGCUUCACAUCUGAGAUCGAAAUCAUGCGAGGAGAUCUGUGUGACAUUUUCUACACGGCGGCGACUGCAUUUCCAAACGUCAAGUUUGAAUUCGAUACCAGUAUAACUUCUUUACGUCAAACAGACUCUUCGGUUUGGAUUACCACAUCUUCAGGGACAGAAGAAAGCUACGACAUGGUCAUCGCAGCCGAUGGCUUCAGAUCGAGAACUCGACAACUGAUCCUCGAGAACACUGACACGGAAGCUUUCAUUCAAAGUCAAAACUGCUGGGUAGCGUACUUCUCUAUCCCUCGCCAGCCACAAGAUAAUCCCAGGUCGCGUGGAUACAAUGCCAUAGGAGGAAGAUUCAUCAUGAUCAGACCCAAAGACGAGAAACUCAGUUCUGGCUAUCUCGUGGUGAGCAAAGAUGAGCCUUCACUGCGGAAGGUACAGAGGGCGGGUAUGGCAGCCCAGAAAGCGGCAUUGGCAGAACUCUUCGCAGAUGCUGGGUGGGAAGCCACAAGAGUGAUUGAAGGUAUGAAAGAUACAGAGGAUUUCUAUCUGCAAGACGUUGCAAAGAUUCAGUUGGGAGAGCGAGGAUGGUCGAAGGGCAGAUGCGCAAUGGUAGGCGAUGCCGCGUACUGUUCUUUUACAGGCACUGGGACAACUCUCGCAAUCCUGGGCGGAUAUAUGCUUGCUGGGGAGAUUUUGAACUCCCCGAACAAGCCAGAAUUUGCAUUCAAGGCUUAUGAGGAUAAGCUAGCUUGUUAUGUGAAAAAGGCGCAGAGUGCUCCGAAAGGCGGGCCACAGAUGUUUGUACCACAAACGCGUUUUGGGGUGUGGAUGAUGCGAACCGUGAUCUGGCUCGUCUAUUGGAGUGGCAUAACUCGUUGGAUCGGUGGCUACAAGAUGCCCGGGUUCGACUUGCCAGACUAUGACUUCGAUCGCAAACCUGAAUAG